UUUGCUGUUCAGGCAUAGUGCAGGCCAUCUACUUACGGAAGAACAACUGGUGAAAGUGGAGUUUACGAGUUUAAUGGAUGAGGAAGGGAUAUCUGUCAGCUGAAUAAUAGUGAAGUUUGUCCUGUAGUAUUGUCCCUUCACUGAAAAUCUAUAAUGCCUUUGUUUGGACAAAAUCCCUUCGACCAGGAUGUGGAAAAGGCAACCAGCGAAACCAACACCAUUGAUGACUGGGGUCUCAUCAUGGACAUUUGUGACCGCGUCGGGACGACACCCAAUGGUGCAAAGGACUGUCUCAGGUCAAUUAUGAAGCGUGUCAACCACAAAGUCCCACAUGUGGCCAUGCAAGCACUAACCCUGUUGGGAGCUGCUGUUUCAAACAGCGGCAGGAUCUUCCACCUAGAGAUAUGCUCACGAGAGUUUGCCAGUGAAGUGCGCAAUGUGUUGGCUAAGGCCCACCCUAAGGUGGGUGAGAAGUUGAAGGCUCUGAUGGUAGAAUGGGCUGAGGACUUCCAAAAAGAUCCACAGCUCAGCCUCAUCAGCGCCACCAUCAAAUCCCUGAAGGAGGAGGGGGUAACUUUCCCUUCCAACAAUCAGAGCUCCAGUGUGAAGACCAACAGCACCCCGGCCCCCAGCAGAAACACUGAUGAGGAUGACCUUGCCAAGGCCAUUGAACUGUCCCUGCAGGAGCAGAAGGUGGAGACGCGGCCUCUCACCUUCACAGCCGACCCACCCUACAACGUCAACGGAGGCAAGGAGUCACGGAAAGUGCGGGCCCUCUACGACUUUGAGGCGGCCGAGGACAACGAGCUCACCUUCAAGUCUGGCGAGCUCAUCAUCAUCUUGGACGACAGUGAUCCAAACUGGUGGAAAGGAGAGAACCACAGAGGAGUCGGCCUCUUCCCCUCCAACUUUGUCACAACUAAUCUAAACGCUGAGCCUGAAACAGCAGCGUAUGCGGAGAGUGCUGGGCCUGCUGCCGCUGUGGAGGAGGAGGCCAGCGUGGAGGCCACGGCCGAGCCAGAGCCUGUGUUUAUAGAUGAGGAGAAGAUGGACCGAGCCCUUUACUUGAUCCAGAACACCGACCCAGCCAGCACAGACCCGGACAGUCAGGAGCUCAUCCAGUUAGAAGGUGCCUGUGAGCAAAUGAACCCGCUGAUCGAUGAGAAACUGCAGGAGAUUGACAGGAAACACUCAGAGCUCUCCGAGCUCAAUGUGAAGGUGCUGGAGGCCCUGGAGCUCUACAACCAGCUGAUGAACGAGGUGCCCCUCUACUCGCCCUACUCUAAGAUGCAGCAGGCCCACCAGCAACCACACUACCAGCCCUCUGUUCCCAUGCAGGGGUACCCAGGGCAGUUACCAGGCGGCUACAUGCCCGCUGGGGUCCCCCAGGGCCCACCGGCACCAGGCCAGGCCUACAACAUGAACCCAGACCAGCCCUCUGCCCUCUGCUCCAUGCCCCCUACCGUCAACGGCCCCACCACCAGCCAGCCCGGACCCCAGCCCCAGUACAUCAGCAGUCACAUGAAUCCCCCAUAUAUGACCCAAGCUCCUGGAGGCCCUUACCCACCACAAGCGGGUAUGGACAUGUCAGCCUAUCAGAACGCUAGCCACAGCAUGCCAGGCCCCUCCUACCCAAUGGCAGGCCCCCCCCACCCAAGCUCCCAGCCCCAGCCGGCGGCCUUCUACCAGCAGCCUCUCCUGUAACGCAGUAACGCAGUGCAAUAAACUUCACACUUCAGCCCGCGCAUAUCCUUGUCAAGUGCAGACACGCCUCCGUAAGUUAGGAUGAAUGUAUAGUCUCUGUAUGGUCUCUCUACUUGGGCCUCUUCUCUCCUUUUACCAACCGUGGCGAUGGCGAGACUUUUUUUUGAAGGUGAGCGGAAGUCGGGUUUAGAGGACAUAUACCGAGGCACAGCUGUCGGUUGAUAGUGCUCAUGAACGACGUUUUCUCUACAGUCAAAAUCCAAAAGCAAAAGUCUUGAUAUGGACUGCUUAGCUGGUUAGCUUGCUAGUGCACUCUCAGUCACUUGGAUGUGUUUGGAAAUAGUUGAAAAACUGUUGCACAAUACCAAAAUAGUAGUGCGUGAGCGUGUGCAAGCUAACAUAGCUAACAAUCCCUUUAGGCAUGGGGGGGGUGGGGGGGAGGGUGCAUCAUCCUUUGGAAGAUUUUUCUUGUCGCUCUCCUGUUCUCGCCCUCAGAUGCUUCAGCUGAAGUACACAGAGGCGGAGGGUUGGUGUUCAGGCAGAUGAUUGACCUCAUGUUUUUAUUGUUUUAAUCAUCAUGUAAAGGUUUAUUUAAGUAUCGUUACUGCAUACAGCUCCUGGAUAUGUCCCAAAUAAAUGUCCUGUUUGCUUUAACAUAGAUGAAGCUCUUAUUUCUGUUUUAAAAAAAAAAUAUAUUAUUUCUUUUUAUUUGGAGUUUACACUUUGAUUUAUUAUUCUGAUUUCUCAGAACUAAAAAACAAGUAUUUUGUUUGAAUAUAAAAACAAAUAUUUUCUAUUGCGACCAAGUUUUGUUAAAAAAGUUUUAUUUUUUAUUUUCAUUUCUUUUAUGACUUCAGGUGGCAGUGUGUCUGGUCAUUUCCCACCAAAGUGUACUUGUUCUUUUCCUGUCAGUAAGCGAGAACAUUUUGACCUUGGUUUGAACAAACACAAUUUGUAAUACUCAUUAAUUCCCAUAGCCCUUUGGGCAGCAAUUUUUCUAAUCAGUCACGCUGACAUGAGUGAUCGCUUCCAUUUUGGUCUUUGUAGCUGACUUUGGGGAUUCUCUUAUGGGGGCUGUAAUAGAAGUGGCCCGGAAGGAGAGAAGGGCCUAGUGGGGAGCCUGUUAGAGGCAUAUAGACAGGAAUUCACAAUCUCAUGGCUCACAAUCAAGUGUGCCAACGCACUUGUCCUCCAGGGAAGGUUCCAGAAGCAAUUCAAAUGCCUAUGUUCUGAGACUUUAUUGUCGUGCAUGUAGGCAAAACCACAGAGACUUCUAUCUAUGUGUGUCAUUCUUGUGUGCUAUAUGUGUAUAAUCUGAUCUGAUAGGUUCUCUCUGAUAGGACUUUUGGAUGUAUGAACGGUGGUCAGUGAGUUUCGCACGCGUCACUGGGCUUCAGUGAUGUUUUCUGUAUCAUAACUUGUAUUUUAUCUGGUUUGUUCAUUCAGUUUUUUUGUUUGUUUGUUUUUUUGGUGGUUUCAUCUAUGUAAUAUAUAUAUAAUGUAUCUGUACCUAGGUUUUUUAUUUUUACCUUAAUGUUGUCACAUUGCAACACUUCAACCAAAUCAACUCAACCAGUGUAAAUGACAACCAGUUGUUCUGAUUCACAGAUUAAAAUCAGUUGAUUCGGAUUAAAAUCAGUAGUGCAUUAAGUGCACUAUAUUCAGGGGUGCUACUUCUCUUUUAAGUGGCUCAAAAAUAUUUGUUGAUUGGAAUAUUUUUUUCCCAUGAUUUCAUGGAUAUAUUUUAGGACAGACACAUUUGGGAAAUGACACAUUUUCUUCAGUCCAGCUGGAUAAGAUUAUAUUAUGAUAACAAAGUAUGAACCAUCUUUAUUUUCAUAACCUGCCUCUUUGUAAGGUGUUGUAUAAUAGAUGUAAAAUAUCUGGGAUUAUCUUUAUUGCACCUUAACUUUAUAAAUAAUGAUUUACCACCGAAUGCCUUGUUUUCAUGAUGGAUGGAAUGAGACAGACUAAUUCAAAGGAAUUCACUCUUGAAAGCUGCUGUAAACCAAUAAUUCUAUACUAUAAAAAUUUGUCACAAAAAAAAAAACGUGUUGAUGGGGUCCAGUCCGUUUAAAGCAAGAUCACUUUUGUAAUAUCAUACUUCCUCUAUUUCCUGCAUUUGUCAUUUUUAAAGUUAGUUUUGUAACACAAUUUAUGCUUUCAAAAUAAAAGGAAAGAUGGCAUGUGUUUCAAAAUGUGCCUUGUCUAGUGAUUCUUUUGGAUAAUGGACAGGUCUGCCAAAGCAAUGUUGUGUAUGGUGGAACAAAAAUCAGAAUGCUUUAAUAGGUUUUUUGAUGGGGGAAAAUCAAAUUAUUUUCUUUGCUAGAUGAAGGACAGAUGGCUUUAAAAUGUAUUCAGCCAAGACCCAAACCAUGUGCCAGCUGAUGUUUGUUUGUUUGUUUGUGUGUGCGUGCAUGUGUGUGCUCCCUGAAGGUCAGCCAAAAGUGUCAGAGACUGUGUGUGUGUGUGUGUCGUUGUGUGUGUGUGUGAAUUUUUUUUUUACCUUUUGAUAUUUGCUUUGAAAUCUCUCUGGAGGAAGUCUUCAGGUAAAGGUCACUGUUUACAAUG